AUGGAGGCUCGUGACUUCGCAACGAAGAAGACGCCAGAGCAGGAUGAAAAAGGCUAUUCUGCCCAGGAUCUCGACCACACCGAGAACUCGUCGACCGUGGACGAGAAGGACUCACUGGAGAUCGGCCAAGCCCCAGAAAUAAGGACACCAACGUCCCGCCGGUCCCGGUCCCGGAGCCGCGCCGCGAGCAGACGCUCCCGCUCCCGUGCGUCAAGACUAGCAGCAACAGCCCCCGACGACAGGUCGUCCCUCUACACCAACAACACCGAUCCUCUCUCGCCCCUUGAGAACGCCUUGUCCCGCCCGGACCACGACGCAGAAUACCAGGACCACGUGUCUCGUAUCCGGACCGGAGCCACCAACACCACCGCCACCAGCGCCUGGUCACGCCCGCCAGAUUUCGAGGUCACAUUCGACGCGGACGGCCGCGACCCGGCGAACCCGCGAGAGUGGUCGCGGUGGUACCAGGGAUGGGUGAUAUUAGCGGUCAGCUACUCGACGUGGGUGGUGGUGCUGUACUCGACGUCGUACACGGCGACGCUCCCGGGGCUCAAGACCGAGUUCCACCAGCCGGACAACACCGUCGUCACGCUGGGCGUCACUACGUAUCUGCUUGGGUUAGCGACGGGCAGCCUGGUGGUGGCACCCAUGAGCGAGCUGUUUGGCCGCCGGCCCGUCUACCUGGUGUGCAUGCUCGCGUCGGCGCUGCUGGUCCUCCCGUGCGCCCUGGCCACGUCGCUGGUCGAGAUCAUCGUCGUGCGCUUCUUUGGCGCCGUAUUUGGCUCCGUCAUGAUCUGCAACGGCGCCGGCACCAUCGCCGAUAUCUCGACGGAGGAGAACCGCGCCCGCUUCAUGAGCUGGUGGAGCAUCGCCCCUCUGAACGGGCCGGUCACCGGGCCCCUGAUCGGUGGCUAUGUUGCGCAGUAUCUCGGGUGGCGAUGGGACAACUGGAUCGUUUUUAUUCUGACUGGUGCCGCUGUCCUGAUCAUGGCCACUGUUCGCGAGACGUACGUGCCGCAGAUCCUGAAGCAGAAGGCCGCGCGGCGGAGGAAGGAGGAGGAUGAUGAGCGGUACUGGUGCCAGUACGACUCUAGGAAGUCGACGGCGGAGCUGAUGAAGGUCAACCUGAGCCGGCCGUUCGUGCUUAGUUUCACGGAGCCGAUCUUGUGGUUCUUCAACAUCUGGAUAAGUAUCAUAUACGGAAUCCUGUACCUGUGUUUCGUGGCAUAUCCCAUCGUGUUCCAGCAAAUACGCGGCUGGGGCCCCGGGCAGACAGGCCUGUCCUUCAUAGGGAUCGGGAUCGGCACAUUGAUUGCGAUAUUCCUCGAGCCGCUCUGGCGGAAGAUCAUCAACUCGCACGCCAAGGACCCGGAGACCGGCCGCGUCGCCCCUGAAGCUAGUGCCAGCAUCAUGUGCAUCGGUGCGGUUCUGACCCCUAUCGGCCAGCUGGUGUUCUCCUGGACCUGCGUCCCGACGACCAUCCAUUGGGCUAUCCCCAUCGCUUUUGGCAUCCCAUUCGGCUGUGGAAAUACUCUCUGUUUCAUCUAUGGCUCAAACUACCUCGCCGGGGCCUACGGCUAUUUCGCUGCGUCAGCUCUCGCCGGCAAUGCCGUGAUGCGGUCCAUCUUCGGCGCGACCCUCCCCUUGGCCGGCGCGAAGAUGUACGAGGCAAUGACGCCGCGUAUGGCCGGCACGUUUCUGGGGCUGCUGGAGCUCAUCCUCAUUCCAAUCCCCUGGAUAUUCUACAGGCGUGGUGAGAGGAUCCGCGCCCGGAGUCCCGUCAUCAGACAGAUGCGCGAAGAGCAGGCUAAGAACGACAGGAAGCGUGCCAGGCUGGAGUCUAAGCAACAGAGGCAGGCCGCGGCUGUUGCUCGGGGCCCGGAUGUGGGCAAUGGCGUGGAGACAGGAGCAGCUCCAGCACUGAAGGCUGCGCACGGGGAGACAAUGGCGGUGGCUGUGGAUGCGGAUGUUGAGAAAGGGGUGUGA